AAGGCAGCGGGGGGGUUUCUAUCAAUAAGUUGGUUGGCAUUAGUGCUUUUCAUUGUUAUAUAAUUGUUAAACCUUCUUUAUAGAGUCUAGUUUUUUAAAUUUAAUUCACUCAGUUUUAGGAAGGAAGAGCAAACAUCGCACCUGCCCUCGGGAGUAGGCUAGACUGCAGUUAGUCCAUUCGUGUACCGGGGCAGGACCAAACCACACAUUUACACUCACUGAGAGACAGCAAGAGGUGUUUUCACCCUACAAAGAACGAUCUCUGUCAUAUCAACAGAAACUGUACACGUUUAACCGUACACCAAGAGAAAUCACAGUUGCCAAUCCCUGGACUAUUACAGCCAUAUCUAAAUAUAAAGUGACAGCUGAUUGUACGAAAUAUCAGUCGAAGCGUUAUUUUAACGGACGAAAUGACUCCAGUUCUAAUCUCUGUCAAAGGCUUCUUCACUUUCCAGCUGCUUCUUAAUUUAUUCUCAAGUGGGUUGGUAGAGGGAUCUCUUCUGCCUGAUCCACAGCUGAUUCAUGCCGGAGACGCACACCUACAGCAUGUUGGUGGCACACUCACACUCAUCUGCAGAGGAUCAACUUCCCUGCAGUGGAGGCUGGCUAACAGAAAUGUGUCAUUGGUACGGAUUGAGCCAUGCGAGGAGAGAAUGCACAAGCACUGCAGCAAGCUGGUCAUACACAACCUGAUGUACAACGACACUGGCUUCUACACAUGCAGCUGUCACCAAAAGUCUAGAGAUCAUGAGGUGUCAACAUAUGUUUUCGUUGAAGAUCACAAUCAUCCAUUUGUGGAGGCUAACAAUUCACCACACCUGCUUUUUGCAUAUCGGAAUGAACCUUUUCUUGUGGUCCCAUGCAGAACAACAUCCCCAAAUCAAAGUGUUAUCCUUGAGACUAUGAAUCCUAUGUCAGAUCGUGUAAAAAGUGAGGUGGAGUGGGAUCCAAAGACAGGAUUCAAGAUUCCCUUGAAACCUAAUGACAGCUACCAACUGAUUACAUGUACGACCAGUGUGGAUAACAAAACAUUUUCACUGGACUACAUCCUCUCAAGGCAAACGUUGGAGCUGAAAAACACUGCCAUUGAACCAGAACGACCAAAUUUAUUGGUCGGUGACACCCUGGUCCUCAGCUGCUCUGCAGAGACCACUUACAACGGCAGAAUUGAAUUUGAGUGGCAGUUCCAUAAGAGUCGGAUCAAUCGCACCCACCAUAAUAACAAGACAAGGGACAAACCUGGCGAAGUCAUCAUGAUGACUAACACAUUAAUCGUGCCUAAUGUGACAAUGGAGGACAAGGGCACUUAUGUGUGCAUAUCAUCAAAUGAAGAGAAAAGGAAUGAAGUUUCAACUAAAGUUUCUAUAUACAAGCAUCCAUUCCUUAAUGUGACCCAUGAUAAACGCAACUUUAUCUCUACUGUAGAGGGUAGAAAGGUGCAGUUUGAGCCACGGGUCAAUGCCUUACCCGCACCAGACAGAGUGUUGUGGUACAAAGAUGGAGUUGCCAUUUCAGAAAAUUCCACAUGUUAUGAGACAGCCGGCUACAACCUCACCAUAAAACAAGUGAGGCAGAAGGAUGCUGGGAUUUUCACUAUCGCUCUGUCGAACCUGGAGAAGGGCCUCUACAGAAACCUCAGCUACAAGCUGGAAGUCAGAGUGAAGCCAAAGAUCUUUGAGGAGGAUGUGGCUCCAGUUGGCCUACAAACUUACAAAUAUAAUGAGGGGCACCAGCUCAGCUGCACUGCAUUUGGUAUUCCCAUGCCAAACAUUACCUGGUUUUGGCAACCUUGUGACCCCAGACCUGAUCUUACAGAGUGCAAACCAUACACUGAUCCUCUUCCUGUUGGAGAUGCCACUGAAUCACACAACCAUUAUCCUCAUAAUCUGAUUAAGGAUGUCACCAACAAGGUUGAAUUAUUGAAAAGUAAAAACAAGACUGUAAGCACUCUGGUGGUGGAAAAAGCUAAUGUGUCUGGAUUCUACUACUGUACAGCAAAGAAUGAACUUGGGAACCGGACUAUGAGAAUACCUUUCUUUGUGUAUAAUCAGACACAGCCGUUUGAGAUUGGGCCCUCGACAGCUGUUGCAGGAGAUGACGUUACAUUGACCUGCAGAGGCACGAGAUACCUCUAUGAUAGGUUGCAUUGGUAUGGUCCACUGGGCCGCAUAGUGCCCAAAGAUGAAACCACACUUUGGAUCGAGCCCUACUCCAUGUCUUUGUCCAUCAAGUUGCCCCGUGUGUCCAGAAACCAGACACUGGGCUAUGAAUGCCAGGCUUUAAACAUCAACUCCAAUGAAGUGGUCAAUACAACAUCUCAUUUGUCUAUUAAUGAGAGACAAAGGCCCACGCUGAAGCAGAAUCUGACUGAUCAGGAUGUGAACAGCAGCAGCACGCUGAUUCUGUCCUGCUUAGCUGAGGGUGUGCCAAAACCAGGUAUCAAAUGGUACAAAGACAAGACUCCUGUCACAGAGGGACCAGGUAUCACUCUAAAAGAUGGCGUUCUGGUCAUUGAGAGGGUGAAGAAGUAUGAUGAGGGCAUUUAUGAAUGUCGUGCCAGCAAUGAUGGAGGGGAUGCAAUAACCAGUGCGGUCAUUACUGUAGUGGGAGAAGAGAGUAAACCAAAUAUUGAGUUGAUCAUUUUAGUGUCUACUGGAGCAGCGGCAACAUUUCUUUGGAUAAUGCUUAUUCUCUUUAUCCGUAAAAUAAGAAAGCCAAGUUCAGCAGAUUUAAAGACAGGGUACCUGUCCAUCAUCAUGGAUCCUGACCAGAUGCCCCUUGAUGAGCAGUGUGAUCGUCUGCCCUAUGACAGCAACAAAUGGGAGUUUCCCAGAGACCGCCUCAGACUCGGUAAAACUGUGGGCCAUGGAGCAUUUGGAAAAGUUGUAGAGGCCUCUGCAUUUGGCAUAGACAAGAUUUCUACUUGCAAAACGGUGGCAGUGAAAAUGCUGAAAGCGGGAGCUACAAAUAACGAGUGGAGAGCUUUAAUGUCUGAACUGAAGAUUCUGAUCCAUAUUGGUCAUCAUCUCAACGUGGUCAAUCUGCUCGGAGCCUGCACAAAGCGUGGAGAUCCGCUAAUGAUCAUCGUGGAAUACUGCAAGUAUGGAAAUCUUUCCAACUACUUGAGAAGUAGGAGGGGUGACUUUGUGGUUUGCAAAUCUCAGGACGAUAAGGCUCUGCAUUCCAGCUCUGGGUGUGAUCUGAGCGAGCUCAUAAAGCACAGGUUGGAGAGCAUGGCCAGCACCGGAAGUUCAGCCAGCUCCGGCUUCAUUGAAGAUAAGAGCUACUGUGACUCGGAGGAAGAGGAGGAAGAGCAAGAGGAUUUGUAUAAGAAAGUGCUCACUCUGGAAGACUUGAUUUGCUACAGCUUUCAAGUGGCUAAAGGCAUGGAGUUCUUGGCUUCAAGAAAAUGUAUUCACCGCGAUCUGGCCGCACGUAACAUCCUGUUGUCUGAAAACAACGUAGUAAAGAUUUGCGAUUUUGGACUUGCAAGAGAUGUAUACAAGGACCCAGACUAUGUCCGCAAAGGAGACGCCAGACUUCCCUUAAAGUGGAUGGCUCCAGAGGCAAUAUUUGACAAGACCUAUACCACUCAGAGUGAUGUGUGGUCUUUUGGAGUACUUAUGUGGGAGAUCUUCUCUCUUGGUGCCUCCCCUUACCCUGGCUUACACAUUGAUGAGGAAUUCUGCUGCCGACUGAAGGAGGGCACCAGGAUGAAAGCUCCUGAAUAUGCCUCCUCUGAAAUAUAUCAAACCAUGUUAGAAUGCUGGCAUGGAGAACCAUCCAAGAGGCCCACUUUCACAGAGCUGGUAGAGAGGCUAGGAGAUCUGCUACAAGCUAGUGUACAGCAGGAGGGAAAGCACUACAUCCCGAUCAACACAGCCCUAUUGACCAAAGCAGACCCCUCAAACAUGAGCCCCACAGAGGAGACCUCCACCAGACCUGCCUCUCUUAGAGACUCUGGGACAGCUUGGAACAUGAAGAUCCCUCCAGCGAGUGUGAAGACCUUUGACGAAGUAAUCAUGGAGAAUGGAACCAACAAGAUCCAUGAGGGAGGGCAGUCAGACAGCGGAAUAACUCUAUCUUCAGAUGACCUGAAGACACUGACACGUCUGGAUUCACUGGCCAGAUCCCAGAGUUUUAUGGCCCGAGCGAUGAAGAGCAAAAGUAAGGAGUCAGUUCUGCUGGAAGGCGAAAAGGAGAAAUACCCACUACUUGUUUCCUCACUGGACUUGAGUCUAGAGGACUCCUCUCUCGACCCAGAGCUGGAAUGUCAUAGCCCACCUCCAGACUAUAACUAUGUGGUCCGCUACUCCACACCACCCGUCUGAGUUGAUCUCCACUCUUUAUUCGCCAGAAGUUUCCCCCAUUUUUGGAGGAUCUGAUUGGUUGGGUCUAUUUUAUCUCUGCCCAUUAGAUCUGUUUUAUAUUUUCCCCUACUUCUUUCCAUUCCACGUUAUCCUGAUACUGGAAUGGUCACUCAGAGUUUCACAUUUUCUCUUUCUGUGCACUUUUUCAAGUUAGUCUGUGAGUACAGUGGGCUGCCACUUAUACAUAUCAUCGUGGCAGUCUGAGAUAAUAUUAUGGACCACCUCAGAUAUUCCUGCUGUCUACUGUGAACACAACAAGCACAUUUUAUUACAAUGAUGGCACUGUUUAUCCCAGUGAAACUGCAUUUUUCAUACAGAAUGGUGGCUAAUUAUGAAAUCAUUUGUUCAGCUGUUAGAAUGAGGACAAAGGCAAUUCUUAUAUUAUAUUCUAGAUAAAUAUUGUAUUGUAAUGAAAACUGGAAUUUUGGUUAUAUGAUUUUUUUAUUUUGCUAAAAUAAAAAAUCUUUUUAGGGAAAUAUUUUUCUUUAGAAUAAAUUUCACUCAUAAUUUACUCUGUCAGACACAACUGUCAAAAAACACCACAGAUCAUGAAUAAUUUAAUGUGUGGUCUGAAAUUCCUUCCCAGAACUCAGUCUGAAAUUGCAGGACACAAUGAUCAUCAACACUAAGGAUGCACAUUGUGUUUCCAGGUUCUGUCACGCCAGUCUGAGGGCCGUUUUCCUGAGUCUUGCUCAAUGAAGCUAAAAUUAAUCACUUUUGCUCCUGCAUUAAGUAUAUUUAUCAUCAUAGCUUUUAAUCUGAAUCAUUUUAAAGGAAUUAGCCAAUAUUAACAUCUUCAACUGCUUACAUAUGGCAGGACAGAAUGGCUUAUGGGUGCCUAAAAUCCAGUCUAUCACUGUGAAAAGGUUUCAAAAGCCUUAGCAAGGAAAUUAUUCAUGCACAUUAAAUAGGAAACAUUCUGUUAAUUAUUGAUCAAAUUUGGACCACAAUUAAACAGCCUUUCUCUAUUCAACAAUAAUUACACUGCGUUGUGUACUUUUCAUAUUUAUGUUGUUUACACUACUGUAUACAUAACAGCACGUAAUAUGUUGUGCAGCUAUUAACCAGAGGAAUGUAUUCUGUUACUGAUUCAGUAGUCUUUUAUGCUAAAAUACUACUAAGCUUGCAGGACGGGCUGUAAUAUUGUCAACAGGCUGGUCAUUAUAUAAAUGGUCAUGAUAAUUAUAAUAAAAGCAUGUGCACAAAUGUAGUUGCUAUCGGUAUUAACUACUUAACAUGAUGAAACAGGUGGGAAAUCAUUGUAUUGGUUAAAUCAGAUCAUAUAUUGACAGUUGUAAAAGCAAUUAGGCCGGCUAUUGCUAAUUAUUGUUUUAAGUCCAAGAAUUACAUUCAAAGCUAAAAGACUGUCUUUCAAAUAAUGAAAUGUAUAUACUGACAAAUAAUGCUUUCAGUAAUGUUGUUUUGGCUCAGUUGUAUUUGUGAAGAAGAAUUGUAUGCACUGAUAUUUUUUACAUAAUUUUUUUUAUAUUAUACUUGUAUUUUAAUGUUAACCAAGCAUAAAUAAAGAUCUAUAUAUUUAUAUAUA